AUGAUUGCAGAUGAUUUCAGGUUGAAAACAAUUUCAGAUGAUUUCAGAAGGUUUAAGAGGAUUUCAGAAGAUGAUUUCAGAGGCUGUGGCGUCAUCUUUCAAGACAGCUGGCGGUGGUUUGUCGCUUCGAUGGCUCUGAAGUGCUUGAAUGACCCCAUCUGUGGAGGUUUUGCAAGAUACAAUCAUCACACAUCAGUAUCAAUCUCAUCGUCAAUCUAUUUCACACUUUCUUGCCCCUUCCCCAGGGUGCUUCCUCUGGCGCUGCUGGGCGCGCUCCUGGCUGCUUCCGACGCCAAGGUCUUCGGGAAGUGCGAAUUCGCGGAGUUGUUGAAAAGGGAUUAUUACCUCUCCAAUGAUGACAUCAAGAACUGGGAGUGCAUCGCGGAGUUCGAGUCGUCCUUCAACACGGCCGCCAUAAACCGCAACAGAAACCGCAGCACGGACUACGGCAUCUUCCAGAUCAACAACAAGUACUGGUGCGGAAGCGACUACGGCAAGAACGUCUGCAAAAUCCCAUGUUCCGAUCUGAUGUCCGAUGAUAUCACGGAGGCCCUGCUGCGGUGCGCCGAGACUAUCCGCCGCGACACCGAGCGCUUCAGGGGCCGCGGGAAAGGCUAUUCUGCCUGGGUGGCUUACAACAGCAAGUGUAAGAAUCGCGACCUCGAUCAGUACAUGGCAGAGUGCUGGUCUCACGGUUCCAACUCUGUCUUCCCGUUCUAGAGGACCACUUCGAGCUCUAUGUUCUAGAUUUGCAGGCUUGUCACCAGGGUUACCAUUAUUACAGCAAAUAAUACGAAUGCAAUGCUAAAGCCAAGAUUUCAGCAUUAGUUGGGGUUAAUAUUCGAUGAUUGCCUGUAUAUCAUGAUGUAUGAAUUUAUACAAAAUUGAAAUGCAAUUAACAGAAUUACAAAACACAGCUGAAAUGCAGACGUUGUAAUGGUUGAUAAAUAAGUACAUCAUUAGCGGAAGUCUAGGCUCAACCAUCGCAUUCGCUUGGUUUGUGGCAAUGAUGGUAUCUAUGCUUGGCACGUCUAGAUAUUAGAUACAUGUCAUCUCAGUUUUCAGAAUGAUUCAAGUACAGCACUUCAGCUCAGGAAUUUCAUGAUUUCUGGUGAAACUGGAUUACAAGUGUUUUGGAAACAUCAAAUUGUACUUUAUGUUUGUUAUGAAUAAAAUUUAAGGGGCA